GGGAGAGAAGGCAGUAGAGGAGCAGGCAGAGGGAGCAGGAUUUAGUUCAGCACGAUAAACUGACCGAGGCGGAAGGAGAGGGGACCUGAUCCACUCAUCAGCAGCUUGAGGUGCAUUCAGAGGCUCGACAAGGUUUUUCUGCUGAAGGUCGUUCUGGUUCCAACAUCAUGGUCUCCGACCUGCCUGUCAGUAUGGAUGCUAAGCCCAUGGGCCAAACUGGAUGUUUAGGACUUGCCCUGAUUUGAUCCAGCAGCACAGAUUACUCUUCGGAUGUAUACCCCACCUGGGAGAAGUCAAAUCUGUGACCUUUUCCCUUUCAUUUUUAUUUUUACUGCACCAACUCUCCCCGAUGAUCACAAGGGAAUAUGUCACGCUAUUUCUACUGGGUUCUUGUUUCCUGUUGGACUACAGCUCCCAAAUCCCCAUGCUGGAUCAGCUUCAGAGCAAAGCUAUGGGGGCAGUGACCUCAGUCAGAGGGGACACUUUGAGGUCUUCUGCUGAGAAAGUGACGUCAUUAGAGCACACAGGUACCAGGCUAAGGAGGCGUGGAAGGUCGAGAGCCCAACGCUUUAGAAGAGGAUGGGUGUGGAACCAGUUCUUUGUCCUGGAGGAGUACAUGGGCUCUGAGCCGCAGUACGUGGGAAAACUCCACACAGACAUGGACCACGGAGACAGUGCAGUGAAGUACACUUUGUCAGGAGAAGGCGCUGGGUCCAUCUUCACUAUCGACCAGAUAACAGGGGACAUACAUGCACUAGUGGGACUCGACAGGGAGGAAAAGUCCUACUACACUUUGAAGGCCCAAGCUGUUGACAUCUAUACAGGUUUCCCUCUGGAGCCAGAGUCUCAGUUCAUCAUUAAGGUGCAGGACAUCAACGACAAUGAGCCCAGGUUUCCAGAUGGUCCCUACAGCGCCAGUGUCCCUGAGAUGUCCCCCACAGGAACCUACGUAACCCAGGUGACUGCAACAGACGCCGAUGACCCUACAUAUGGCAACAGCGCACGCAUCGUCUACAGCAUCCUGCACGGCCAGCCCUACUUCUCUGUGGAUCCCAAGACAGGAGUGAUCAGGACAGCACUCGCUAACAUGGACCGCGAGGUCAAAGAGGAAUACGAGGUUCUUCUCCAGGCCAAGGACAUGGGAGGUCAACUGGGGGGCUUGGCCUCCACCACCACCAUUAAUGUCACGCUCAGCGACGUCAAUGACAACCCACCACGCUUUGCUAAAAGUAUUUUUCAGUUGCGAGUGCCUGAAUUAGCAUCAGUUGGCUCAGCAGUCGGCCGGAUUCGAGCUCAUGACCUGGAUGCUGGCAGCAACGCAGAGUUGGAUUAUGUCAUUUUUCCAGGGGAUGAGGGCAAAAUGUUUGACAUCAUCUCAGACGGCCACAAUCAGGAGGGAGUUAUAAUUCUGAAAAAGACUCUUGACUAUGAGACCAAGAAGUCCUACACCUUCAAGGUUGAGGUGUCCAACGAACAGGUGGAUCCCCGGUUCCUACACAUGGGGCCUUUCAAGGACUCAGCCACUGUCAAGGUGAACGUCCUGGACAUGGAAGAGCCGCCAGUGUUCACCAAAGACUCCUACUUCAUGGAUGUGUAUGAGGACACCCCCCCAGGAAGCAUCAUCGGCUCAGUCACAGCUCAUGACCUGGACACCAGCAGCAGUGCUGUCCGAUAUUCUCUGCAGUGGCAGCCAGGGUCUGACAGCUGUUUUGAAAUUGACACCGUGGAAGGAACCAUUUCCACUAAUGACUACCUGGACAGAGAGACGGCAGUUUGGCAUAAUAUCACUGUAGUGGCAACCAAAGUCAACAACCCUUUGCUGUUUGCCAAAGUGUCCGUGAUGGUCAACAUCCUGGAUGUAAACGAAUUUCCUCCGGAGCUGGUCCUUCCUUCAGACACCUUCGUCUGUGAGGACUCCAGAGCUGGGCUGGUGAUCCAGAUGAUCAGCGCUGUGGACAAGGACCUUCCUCCUCUUGGCCAGAGAUUCUUCUUCAAGUCUCCCAAGGAGCUCCGCAAUAGAAACUUCACUGUUCGAGACUUUGGAAACAACACAGCGGGCAUCGUGACUCGGCAGUCGGGCUUCAAGCGGCAUCUACAGGAGGCCUUCAUCCUUCCAGUCCUGGUAGAAGACAGUGGCUACCCUGCCCAGAGCAGCACGUCCACCCUCACCAUCCGGGUGUGUUCCUGUGAAACUGGAAGCUCGCUGACCUGUUCGCCCGAGGCCAUCUUUCUGCCUGUGGGCCUCAGCACCGGAGCUUUGAUGGCUAUUCUGCUAUGUGUUGUUCUUUUGACAGGUAUGGUAGCAUUAUGCAUAAGUCAGAGGCAUCGCAAAGAAAAAGAGACUCUGAUGACAUCAAAAGAAGACAUUCGUGAUAAUGUCAUUCACUAUGAUGAUGAGGGCGGCGGUGAGGCGGACACUCGUGCUUUUGACAUGGGCACUUUGCGUAACACUCACCGAACAACACAACACUCAAGAGUUCGCAGCACCUCUAAAAGAGAGAAAAAUGGCUACGGUGAUGGGAUCCUGCUUCAUCUCAACAGAAGCUGUGACAACAUCAGAUCACCUGAUAUCCAUCGCAAAACAGCCAACAUCAUUGCCUCUGUGACUACUAGGACCCCGCUCGCUUCUCAUGGCAGGUUGACUGAGGGUGAUGCUGAAAUUAUCAAAGAUUUCAUUGAACAGCAGCUGGAAGGCAGCCAGCAGGAUUAUGCUCCACCCUAUGAUUCUCUGGCAAUGUACGCCUAUGAGGGUGGAGGCUCAGCGGCUGGAUCCCUGAGCUCCAUAGAAGAAUCAUGGGUAAUUGAUGACUCCGGGGACUUCAGUUCCCUUGGAGACUGGGGACUUCCCUUCAAAACACUGGCGAGCAUCCUGGACAGGCAACCACCCAGUCUGUCUGAGGAGAGCUGAGAGGAGGCUGGACAGCUUGGAAGCCACAUGGAAGCCACAUGGAGUCUAUUUGACCAUUUGAGACUUGUGUUAUAGUGACAGGCACUAGCUAGUGUUGUGAGAGGAAGCUGGUCUGUAUGAAGUGUUAGUGAAGUGUUAGCUAGAAAACAGAAGCUUUCUUCAGGCUUGUGAAAAAGUUGUUUCAGUAGCUCCUCAAAGUGCCUCAGGUACUGUCUGUUUACACUGUUUAUAAUCACCUUAGCUAAUAAAAAUGGAUUUAACUAAUUUUUUAAAGACUUGUGUUCUUAAAUUCCGUACAAUAUCAGUUUUAUUAUAUACUGGCCUCACACAGUCAAACCCUAUAGACAUAUUUUUGUGUGAAACAUUCUUCGACUAUUUCUUCCUCAGGAAGUUGCACUUGAACAUGCUCAUCAGUUAUUCAGUGUGUCCUCAGCCUAAACAGUCCUUCUACAAGACCAUAUUGUGCCAACUUUGUUUCUGACAGAGCAAUAAUAAAACCAUUUUACAAAAAAGAGCCAAAGUCCUGCUAAGGUGAGAGAAAUGAGCAUUCAAAUGAAACACACACUGAGAGUCACCAUAUGUUAUGAUGAGCUGGAAUAGGCUGAACAACUGUUCUGUAGCUCCGCACUAAAUAAUUCUUUAAAAAGCCUCCAGUUGAUUCAAAAUGCUGCAGCCAGAGUCUGACCAGACUGAACAGAGGUCACGUUUCUCCUACAUCAGCUUCUCUGUCCUGGAAAAUUCAGAAUUCUUUUCAUCAAUUUCAAAGCUCUUGAUCUGCUCCAUCUUGUCUUAGUUGUUGGCCAGUGCUACAUGAGAGACUAUGUCACUGUUUCCCCUAUAUCACAGAGUCUAUAACAUGAGGUUAAUCCUAAAUGGACUAUUUUUCAGACUGAAAUUGAAAAACGUUCCAGAGCCACAUGUACGUUAUAG